AUGACAAAUUAAAUCAAAGGUGAAAUGAAAAAUUUGCUUAAUAGAAUUGAAUAACUUGAAAAUUCUGUAUUAACUGAUUAUUCAAUUCAAUCAAAAGAAUAAUUACAAUAAGCCUUAGAUGAUUUUGAAAUUUAUUUUGAUAAUAUCACAGAUAUGUCUAAAAAAUUAGAUAUUAGUAUGAUAUUCUUGAAAGAAUUAAGUAAAGAUGUAAAGCAUAUCAAAAGCUCAAUAGAUUAAAUUUUGCAAAAUGUAAGUGAUAUAGCCAAUGAUGUUCGAAGACUUAGAGGAAAGAAUUUUGUUGAAUUACUACUUAUUAGGAAAAAAUAAAUAUUAAAAUAGAAGGAUGAGAAUGAAUUAUAUUAAAUACAUAUUGAAAUCUAUACUUAAGAAUAUGAUCCAGUAUCAGGAAAUAAAAAAUAAUCUUAAAAUUAAGAUAAAACUUCUUAUCUUUUAAAAAAAUCUAUAAUGAUUUUGAGGGAGAAGUAAAUGAAUUUUUAUGGGAUGAAAAUGAAAAAAUUAAAGAUGUACUGCUUUUAAAAGGAAAAGCAGGUUAAGGAAAAAGCAGAGCUGCUAAAAAUAUAGAAGAAUUAUUAUGGAGUUGCGAUUAAAUAGAACCAAAAUGGAUUCUAAUUUAUGUUUCAUUGCCAUCUAUUAAAGAUCCAAGACAUAAUUUAAUUGAUUAAGCAUUGGAACCAUAAAAUUAUAACUUUGAUAGCAUAUAAAUAAGAGAUUUUAAGGAGGCAGUAAAAUAAAAAAAUUUAAGUAUUGUUUUAAUUCUUGAAAGUUACGAUGAGAUGAAGUAAGAUUGUUUAGAAUAAAAUCUAUACAAUUCAAAUAGAUUUGUUUAAGAAUUUAAUCUUACAGAAUCUGGAUAAAAUUUUAAAAUUAUUAUAACUUCUAGACAAGAAAUAUUAAAUUCCAUUGAUUAUCAAACUUGGUUUUAUGGAAAAAGUAUAAGUACUCUUAAAGAAGUUGAAUUAGUUCCCUUUAAUUCUGAUUAAAGUAAUGAAUAUUUAACAUAGUAUUCUAAAGUCAGUGUAAAAAGAGCAAUAAAAAGAUUUUAUGAAUUUCUUAAGUAAUUAAAAGCUUAAAGUUUUUCAUUUAAUGAAUUUAAAAUAAUUUGGAGUUAAAUUGAAGAAACAGUAAAAAAGAUUUUGUUACAAAAAUUAAAAUGA